GAAUUUUUGGAUCGAAUAUUCGCGGUACCAAGCAGUGCUAGUGAACUUGCGUCUGAUAUUGUUGAUCGGCACGUAUUCCGCGUGCUGCUUGACAGUUUAUUGGCGUCCAGUGGUACUCUUGCUGGCUGUUUCGCUACUUCCAAUCGUACCGUAGCAGCAGCAGCCUCACCGAGUACCGCCGAACAGCAAGAGGAGCAGGAGGAGCAGCGGCAUAAAGUGUCGAGCACAGGCCGCAAAUACGACUUGCAACUGAAAGCCGACUUCUGCGCGUACGUAAUUCGACAGGUUGGUGUUGUGUUGUGCUGUGAUGGGCCCACCCCUCGCUUCAGCAUGCCUUUGUGA